CACCUCCCUCCUCCACUCCCCUAAACCCCCACUCCCUCCUCCGCCCUAUUAAAACACCCACCAGCUCACUUGUUAAGACCCCCUUAAGUUGGAGGAGGCAGAAAGGCAACAACAGCGAGGAAGGAGAAGUCAAAGCGUCUGGAAAGAAUUACCCAGUCCUGGCUUCGAGCAGCCCAUUGAACCAGGGACUUGAACCAGCCCUAGCCAAAGACUUUUUCUCCCGAUUGAUUCUGCGCUUCCUGGGUUCUGCUGAGUCUUCACCGGCAUUUUUUUUUUUUUUUAAUACGAAAAAGAGACUUUCCGUUAUCGGUGGGAGGGGGACUGGAAUACACAAAAAAAGUUAAUUUAUUUUUAAAAUUGAUAAUUUUUUAAAAAAAGAGUUAGAAGACUGAAGUGCAACGGAAAUAAUAAAAAGAAUAUUAGUGAAUUUCCUUUCAAAGUGGGAGAGUACUAAACAUUUGAGACUCCCCCAUCUUUUUUAAAUGUUGUUUUUAAAUUUCUUAUUUUUUUUGGCCGGUCGUCUCAAAUUCAUCUGAUCUCUUAUUACCUCAAUUUUGGAAACUGCCUUCCAGCGACCCUCCGGGACCACACAGACAGGCUGAGGACGACUUUAUGACCGAGAGCUGAACAAGAUGCAUUGUGAGAGGUUUCUAUGCAUCCUGAGAAUAAUUGGAACCACACUUUUUGGAGUCUCUCUCCUCCUUGGAAUCACAGCUGCUUAUAUUGUUGGCUAUCAAUUUAUCCAAACGGAUAACUACUAUUUCUCUUUUGGACUAUACGGUGCCUUUUUAGCAUCACACCUCAUCAUCCAAAGCCUAUUUGCCUUUUUGGAGCACCGAAAAAUGAAAAAAUCCCUAGAAACCCCCAUUAAAUUGAACAAAACUGUUGCUCUUUGCAUCGCUGCAUAUCAAGAAGAUCCAGACUACUUAAGGAAAUGUUUGCAAUCUGUGAAGAGGCUAACCUACCCUGGGAUUAAAGUCGUCAUGGUCAUCGAUGGGAACUCUGACGAUGACCUUUACAUGAUGGACAUCUUCAGUGAAGUCAUGGGCAGGGACAAAUCAGCUACUUACAUCUGGAAGAACAACUUCCAUGAAAAGGGACCUGGUGAGACAGAUGAGUCACAUAAAGAAAGCUCUCAGCAUGUAACCCAAUUGGUCCUGUCCAACAAAAGUGUUUGCAUCAUGCAAAAAUGGGGUGGAAAAAGAGAAGUCAUGUACACGGCCUUCAGAGCACUGGGUCGAAGUGUGGAUUAUGUACAGGUGUGUGAUUCAGAUACUAUGCUUGACCCUGCUUCCUCUGUGGAGAUGGUGAAAGUUUUAGAAGAAGACCCCAUGGUUGGAGGUGUUGGGGGAGACGUACAGAUUUUAAACAAGUAUGAUUCCUGGAUCUCCUUCCUCAGCAGUGUGAGAUACUGGAUGGCCUUUAAUAUAGAGAGGGCCUGUCAGUCUUAUUUUGGGUGUGUCCAGUGCAUUAGUGGACCUUUGGGAAUGUACAGAAACUCCUUGCUGCAUGAGUUUGUGGAAGACUGGUACAAUCAGGAAUUUAUGGGCAACCAGUGUAGUUUCGGCGAUGACAGGCAUCUAACGAACCGGGUGCUGAGUCUGGGCUAUGCAACAAAAUACACAGCUCGAUCCAAGUGCCUUACUGAAACGCCUAUAGAAUAUCUUAGAUGGCUGAACCAGCAGACCCGUUGGAGCAAGUCCUACUUCCGGGAGUGGUUGUACAAUGCCAUGUGGUUCCACAAACAUCACUUGUGGAUGACCUAUGAAGCCGUUAUCACUGGAUUCUUUCCUUUCUUUCUCAUUGCCACAGUAAUCCAGCUCUUCUACCGGGGUAAAAUUUGGAACAUCCUCCUCUUCUUGUUAACUGUCCAGCUAGUGGGUCUCAUAAAAUCAUCUUUUGCCAGCUGCCUUAGAGGAAAUAUCGUCAUGGUCUUUAUGUCUCUCUACUCAGUUUUAUACAUGUCCAGUUUACUUCCUGCUAAGAUGUUUGCAAUUGCAACGAUAAACAAAGCUGGGUGGGGCACAUCUGGAAGGAAAACCAUUGUUGUUAAUUUCAUAGGACUCAUUCCAGUGUCGGUUUGGUUUACAAUCCUCCUGGGUGGUGUGAUUUUCACCAUUUAUAAGGAAUCUAAAAAGCCAUUUUCAGAAUCCAAACAGACAGUCCUAAUUGUUGGAACAUUGCUCUAUGCAUGCUAUUGGGUCAUGCUUUUGACGCUGUAUGUGGUUCUCAUCAAUAAGUGUGGCAGGCGGAAGAAGGGACAACAGUAUGACAUGGUGCUCGAUGUAUGAUCUCACAUUGUUGAUGUUUGCAGGCACACAAGCAGACACACACACCACCUUAGUUCCUCCAGGGGCGCUACAGUAAUUGUGGCAUCAGAUGAUGCCACCAAAGGAGACAUAUCACUGCUGCUGCGACUUGAACAAAGACAUUUUUAUGGAUUAUUUUGAUUCUGCCAAAGUAAAAUGAUACAUCAAUAAGAAGAAAUUGAAAUUAAUCUGUUAUUUCUAUGAAAAUGGGAUGGAUUCUUUGUUUAUGCACUUUUUCCUUACCGUGCAUCUGCCUGACAGUGUUUGCCCUAUAUACCUCACUAGCCAUGCUUUAUGUGGGUUAUCAUGGAAGAAAAGGAUUUUGGAAACUCAAGGAAAAGUUAUUUCAACCUAUACGACCUAACUUAUGGACUGUUUUGAUAGCUAAUUUUUUUAGGAAGGAUUUCUCUUCUUUUUAACUCUACCAAAUGAAAUGCCAAAGGAAAUGUUGAAGGCCGUUGGCUGUGCUGUAUUUUGAUAUAACUGUACUGUGUUUUAAAAUUUUGUAUGCUGAUUUUAAAAACAAAUUUUGCAUAUUCUAUAUUUUACUUUUCUGCCAAAAUACACCUGUUCUUCCUUUUUUUAAUAAAAAUAAAUUCUGAAAAAAUUCAUACUUAAAAAAAAAAGACUUGCCCAAAAUGUGAAGCUUGGUUAACUGAUGUUCAUGAUAGAAAGAAUAAAAUAUUUCUCUUAUUCU